AUGCAGCCACCUUUCUGGCGGCCCUGCGGGACAAGGCUUCUUGCAGGAAGUAAUUUUAUUAGACAUAUGCCCCGCCAUAUUCUUCGUAAUCUGGGUUUUGGCGGUGAGCCUGCCCAGGCUGCCCUCUUGUUUCAACAAACUGCAGCCUGGGCGUCAGGGGAUGAGGGUUCUGCGUCCAUUUCAACGUUUACGGUCGCUGUCAUUGAUGAUUGUACCCAAGACUUUGGGCCUCUUGCCUGCCUACCGACGAUCCUUUCCGAAAUUCUACAGGUUGCCGCUCUGCUGAACAGGAGAGGCCUAAGAGUCCAAGACUAUCCAUUAUCUGAUCCUUCCCCUUUCCUCAAGCUGGAAGAAUUAGGACUUAUUAUUUCAUGUGGAGUUCGACAUAUCGGUGCUCUUUCUUCAUUUGCCAUAUACUGUAUUGCCUUUAAUACCCUUGUCUUCGCCACCGUCACUGCUACGCCUAAUGCAACACGUUCCAAGAUUUUAACGCGGCUCAUCAUCACGUUUCGCUCCAAGUCCUCGCGACAUUUCCCAACUUUGCAAGUGCAUCAAGUCAAGCGGAAUCGAAUCAGAUACGCGGCGUCGGGCGUACUAUUAUCUCCUCAAAUUUCGUCUGGAACGCAGUCAGCGACAUUAGUCAAGCUUACCAACACGUCUCUCAGAUCACUUAAGCAUCGCAUCUGCGCCGUACAUCAGGUUGUCUCCUGCUCUUUUCAAGGUGAUAAUGCGGCUUUAUGCAAAUAUGGGAUCCUGUGGACGUGGCCGAUUAUGUCUAUCAUGACACAACCAGUGUCCUCUUCAGGGGAGAGGAUAGGUGUUGCUCAGCAGGCGUCCAUGGACCCUGAUAAACUUCAAAUCCGCAUGGUGCCCUAUAGCCCUCCUCGAAUUAGCUCUGUAGGAUCAACCUCCUCGCGGCCGGUCUCUUAUGCUGAUCCUUCAAUUUCUACAUCUCUCGUCAGCCAGAGCGAAACUUGGAAUGGUGCUCCCUACUUUGCAUCCAGACCGAACUUCCGAGUUGAACCUCAUCAUCGUCACCAAAACCGGCAAACUCCUGACAUAACUAGUAUAUAUGGCGCGCAUCUAAGUGAUCAGGCUCGCCUGACUGAAAGUUGCAGGGCGCGGUCCGUCCUCCCUGCUACGUUGCCAUCGCAGAGUCUGGCUUCUCCUCCGUCGCCGCUUCGUCGCCCACAAAGAGUCAUAACCGUCAACUCAGACAAAACUUUUUCUCUCAAUUCCGAGAAAUAUGGGGCUUCAUCUACGGCAGAAUCCUUACGGUCACCAUGCAGGUCUUCAACCUUUGCGACUUUGUCAGUAGACAGGAACUUCUCCGAAUCUUGUGUCGAAGAGCAAUCUAGCCCUCCAUUGACGACCCAUCAAGAGGAUUCUCUUACACCGUUUCCCAAGCGCUCUAUUGCGCCGCCAACUACCAUCUCUGUCGCUGAUCCUUCAUCGCCAUGGAAUUACAACUUAGUUGGUGGAUUGCGCUUAGUUCCUGAUAGUACUGGGAGGAAGAAAAGGGACUUAUCCCAAGUUCCCUCGCUCUCACUUUCCACCAAAAACCAAAGCUGUUCUUCUUCCGGUCCCCUUAUACGAGCCACUCAAGUCUCUAGAAAGGAGUCAUUCCAAUCUUGGCAAUCAAACUCAACCUGGUCCGAAAAUUCAAAUAUCGAAGCAAUCAUCAGCAGAUCCCCUUGUCCUUCGCGCACGAAUUUUUCGCGACUGUCGUGCGACGCAGAUCCACAGAGCCAGUCAACUUCGUCAAGUUACCUGAAUUUUGAGGUUAUCGGUGAAACUUCUGGCGAGCAGUCUGUGAUUUGCGGCUCUCGGCCAAAAACUGGAGAGAGUGAUUGCAACUAUGUGCUCCACGAAACAAAACCAUCUUCUCCCUCGGGCCUGGCAGCUUCUGGAUCCCUGUUGAAGUCGGAAUUCUCCAGGGAGAGUUUGCUUGUUGCGCCAUUGCGGCCUGGGAGGUGCUUCUCCCAGGUCAAUUUGUCAAGACAAAAAUCGCGAGAGUCAGUUCGAACAGGGUCUUUCACCUCAAUCUCUACUGCCUUUAUCGAAGAGGCCAGGCGGUCGCUAUUUGCUGGUACUGCUAUGCUGUCGGUGCCCCCAGGCAUAGUUCGACGGAGUUCAGCUCGUAAAACUUUUACACUUUCUGGCCAUCGGCAGAUGAACCCUGCCGCAGAUAAUCAGCCAAAAACAACACUGUCAAUCCUGCUGUCUGGAAGUGAUAGGGAUAGCGAAGUACCUACGCGAUGUUUCUCCCAGUCUACAGUCGGUCGUCUCUGCUCACUCCCGCAUUUGCCUGACGAUAGAGGCUACAACAGCACUGCUUGGAUAGAUUCGCCAGAGUGUGUCCAUCAUAUAGCUUUGAAUCGAGAAGCUAAUGACAGCAGUUUGCGGCUAAUCGAGGAUCAAGAUGAGCACGGCGACGGGCUGGCAAAACUAGGGGCUCUCCACAGGCACUCGCGCACCAGACAUCACAGGCAUUUGUCCAGUUUCCCUUCCGAUCGCAAUCUUUGUUCAUCAGGCAGUUCCCGCAGUAACAGCUUCAUUCGUACUUACAUCCCAACCUGGGCUAAACUUUAUUACGGCAGCGGUGAAGGUCGUUUUUUGACAAUCCAACAUUCAUCUGAUUCUCUGUUUUCCAACUUCAACGCAAGCGUGCAGCGUCGCUCUGUAAGGAGUCGUCCAUCAACAGCUGGGUGCCCUCCGCCAAUGAAUGACGCCCCUCGUCAGGUCUCUCAACACUCGCGCCACGCUAAAACCUCAUCAGAAACAGCUUCGAGCACGGGCAAUCCACUGCCCAGCUACCGACUUGCCAUGGUGGAACGGAUCAAGAAACAGACGUCCAGCAUUUGGUCUCCACAUCUGCGCAGGGAUAAACGAGCGCAGGUCUACAGCUUUUGGCGACCACCAUUCUCUAUGCUUCAGUUCUGCCAGGGCGAUUUGAAUAGGAACAGAGUGCAGACUGUAUGUUUUGUCCUCGGCUUUGUAUUUCCUUUUGCUUGGAUGUUCGCAGCGUUUCUGCCACUUCCCUCGCCAACGCGAUUAGAAACUCACGACAAAAAUUAUACCUCAGGCCACCUUGAUCCUGAGUAUGGUAUCACCCAUCGUUCUUUAGACGACCCUGUUGCAAGUUUCUAUUUUCGAGCCAACUGGUGGCGAAAUCUUAACCGGUACAUGUCCAUCGUUGGCAUAUUCGUAAUUGGCGCCGCUGUUGCUCUUGCUAACAUAAAGUGCAUUUCCACCACUACCACGGAAGGUCGUCCUUUGAAUCAUCAACCUGUCCACAAGAGAAUCUCAUAUCUUCGGUCUUCUCAUCGAACCACAUUCAUCGACCUUCAUCUCAUCCGUUCCUAUCCCCUCAAUUUCUUUCUCCAGCGAAGACACCUAAUUCAAUUUCCUGCUUACGACUAUCAUGACGAUAAGAUAAUCUACGAGACUCAAACAAUAUUUCAAUGCCGGUCAGAUUCAAUAUUUUUCUACGACUUGAAUGUGCGCCACCCCGACGACUUCUUGGCCUCUUACAUCAUACAUCGAACACCACCUAGAUCCGACUACCGCGUAAUAGGCCAGACGUCAUAUUUUUGUUUCGGCUUUCUAUUGACUCAUUUUCCUUUGAACCCUAUUAUAAAGCUGGGAACGAAGCAUUACGAUCCGGACUUAUGA